AAAACAUUGAUACUUCUGCAUGAAUUAUCUUUAUCUAGCCUCUUAAACAGCAUAUUUGUAGCCCAGUGCAUAUAAUGACUGAGAUUGGAAGAUAAUUACUCUCUACCAUGUUGUUAGAUGGUCAGCUUAGGUCCCGUGAAAUGCGGAACUAAGGGGCGGGACUUACCAAGCUCUAUUACCAUUUUGGUGACAAUAAUGACACCAAAUAAUGACAAUAUCUGUUAUAAUAGAGGGACUGCGUUAUGGCGUCAUGUCACCCCUGAUGAAGAAGACUUGAGGAUUUUACUGCUCGGAUAUAGACAUGGGGGAAAGAGUUCAUCAGGAAACACCAUCCUGGGCAGAGUGGAGUUUGAUACUGCAGGGAGAACCGCACAGUGUGUGAAGAGACAGGGAGAAGUAGCAGGGAGACACGUCACUGUGGUGGAAGCUCCAGGAUGGGAUGGUAUAUCUAUUGAAUAUGCACCCAACAUAAUCAAAGAGGAGAUUGAGCUCAGUGUGUCUCUGUGUCCUCCUGGACCCCACAUUUUACUGCUGGCUAGAGAUGUGGACAGAUCAUUCACAGCGGAACACAGAAGAUCAGUGCAGCAACACCUGGAGCUUCUGGGUGAGAGAGUGUGGAGUCAGACUAUAGUGCUGUUCACCCAUGGAGACCUGCUGAGAGACACACCCAUUGAGCAGCACAUUGAGAGUGAAGGAGAGAGUCUGCAGUGGCUGGUAGAGAAAUGUGGGAACAGAUAUCAUGUCCUCAACAAUGAGAGGAGAGAUGACCACAUGCAGGUCACACAGCUGAUGAAGAAGAUAGAAGAGAUGGUGGCAGCAAACAGAGGACAGUGUUAUGAGACGGAUAGAUGGAGAAUAGAAGAGUUGGAGGAGAAGAGGAGGAGAGCUGAAGAGAGAGGGACAGAGAGGAUGAUGAAGGUGAAGAGAGAGAGAGAAUCACUCCGAUCUCAGAUGGGUGAUUUUCUGCACUUGUCAGAGUUGAGGAUUUUGCUGCUGGGAGCCAGAUACGAAGGGAAGAGUUCAUCAGGGAACACCAUCCUGGGCAGAGAGGAGUUUGAUACUGUAGGGAGAACAGCUCAGUGUGUGAAGAGACAGGGAGAAGUAGCAGGCAGACACAUCACUGUGGUGGAUGCUCCAGGAUGGAAUACUGAGACUACAGAAGAAACGUCCAUCAUGACCAAAGAGGAGAUUGAGCUCAGUGUGUCUCUGUGUCCUCCUGGACCCCAUGCUCUACUGCUGGUCAUAGAUGUGGAUAAAGCAUUCACAGAGAUAUACAGAAUAUCAGUGCAGCAACACCUGGAGCUUCUGGGUGAGAGAGUGUGGAAUCACACUAUAGUGCUGUUCACCUGUGGAGACCGGCUGGGAGACAGACCUAUUGAGCAGUAUAUUGAGAGUGAAGGUGAGAGUCUGCAGUGGCUGGUAGAGAAAUGUGGGAGCAGAUAUCAUGUCUUCAACAAUAAGAAGAGAGAUGACAACAUGCAGGUCACACAGCUGAUGGAGAAGAUAGAAGAGAUGGUGGCAGCAAACAGAGGACAGUGUUAUGAGAUGGAGAGAAAGAGAAUAGAAGAGUUGGAGCAGAAGAGAAGGAGAGAUGAAGAGAGAGUGAAAGAGAGGAGGAUGACAGUGAAGAGAGAGAGAGAAUCUUUUCGAUCACAGAUGGGUGAUUGUCUUCAUUUGUCAGAGUUAAGGAUUGUGCUGCUGGGACACAGAUUUGCUGGGAAGAGUUCAUCAGGAAACACCAUCCUGGGCAGAGAGGAGUUUGAAACUUUAAGGAGAACAGCUCAGUGUGUAAAGAAACACAGAGAAGUAGCAAGGCGACAUAUCACUGUGGUGGAGGCUCCAGGAUGGUGGGGGAGUGCAACAGAAUCUGCAAUGUAUCUCAUAGAUAAACCCUUCAACCUUCCCAAAAAGGACAUCAAGCACAGUAUGUAUCAAUGUCUUCCUGGACCCCACGCUAUACUGCUGGUCAUAGGAGUGGAUAUGGCAAUCACAAGGACAUACAGGAGAUCAGUACAGGAACACCUGGAGCUUCUGGGUGAGAGAGUGUGGAGUCACACUAUAGUGCUGUUCACCUGUGGAGACUGGCUGGGAGACACACCCAUUGAGCAGCACAUUGAGAGUGAAGGAGAGAGUCUGAAGUGGCUGGUAGAGAAAUGUGGGAACAGAUAUCAUGUCCUCAACAAUAAGAGGAGAGAUGAUCACAUGCAGGUCACACAGCUGAUGGAGAAGAUAGAAAAGAUGGUGGCAGCAAACAGAGGACAGUGUUAUGAGAUGGAUAGACAGAGAAUAGAGGAGUUGGAGGAGAAAUGGAGGAGAGAUGAAGAGAGUGGAAAAGACAGGAUGAUGAAGGUGAAGAGAGAGCGAGAUUCACUCAGAUCACUGAUGGGUGAUUCUCAUCAUUUGUCAGAGUUGAGAAUUGUGCUGCUGGGACACAGAUUUGCUGGAAAGAGUUCAACAGGAAACACAAUCAUUGGCAGAAAGGAGUUUGAUACUGAUGGGAGAACAGCUAAGUGUGUGAAGAGACAGGGAGAAGUAGCAGGCAGACACGUCACUGUGGUGGAGGCUCCUGGAUGGAAUACUUCCACAAUACAAGAGACACCUAACAUGACAAAGGAGGAGAUUGAGCUCAGCGUGUUUCUAUGUCGUCCUGGACUCCAUGCUCUACUGCUGGUCAUAUGUGUGAGAAGAUCAUUUAUUGAGGAACGGAUAAGAUCAGUGCAGGAGCACCUGGCCCUUCUGGGUGAGAGAGUUUGGAGUCAAACUAUAGUGCUGUUCACCUGUGGAGACUGGCUGGGAGACACAGCCAUUGAGAAACACAUCGAGAGUGAAGGAGAGAGUCUGCAGUGGCUGGUAGAGAAAUGUGGGAACAGAUAUCAUGUCCUCAACAAUAAGAGGAGAGAUGACCACAUGCAGGUCACACAGCUGAUGGAGAAGAUAGAAGAGAUGGUGGCAGCAAACAGAGGACAGUGUUAUGAGAACCGACAAGAGCAACAACAGCAUCUACGAAAAGCACGCAGCUAUGACCUGGUUCCACCAAACAUGAGUGGAGCGUCCGGUGAAGACACUGAACGCUGGUCUGUCUCCAGCACCGCCUCCAGCUCCUCCAGAUACCGGCCAGCAUCUGACAUCAGCUCCUUGUAUGGAUCAAUCAGGUCUACAGUGUCUUUCCAAAGUUCUGGUUAUGAGUCUUUGAGUUCUGGAGGUUCUGUUCGUAGUUUUGGUUCUGAAAAGAUGGAAUUGGCCAAACGAAUGGGCCUCUCCAACAUUCUUGAGGUAUAUGAUGAAUCAGAGCACAUACACGAGGACACAAGAGAGAAGAAGCCAUCAAGAAAGGACAAGUACAUAGAUUUUGAUUGUCCAUAA